AUGUCAGAGCUGCAUUUUAACCCUGUCUCUUUUCUCCCCCUCCCGGUGCAGUGCUCCAACUCCCCUGUCAAUGAAUCAGCCGUGUGUGCCUCGGUGCAGAGCCUCCCGGACAGGUUCCUUUGUUACCUGAGCCCCGGGGCAGUGGCAAACCUGAGCAGGGAGGAGGCGCUGGGAGUGGCCCAGAGGCUGGGGAGGAGCUGCCCCUGGAGCAAGGAGAUGCCCGGAGCCUCCCUGGAGCUGCAGGUGGCCUCCUCCCUGCUGAGGAAUUUGGAGGAUUUCUCCCCAGCCGUGCUGGCAGGCCUGGGCCAGGCUGCCCUGGGGCUCUCAGUGUCCAGAAUCCAGAGGAACAUCCCAGAGGAGGACCUGGAGGCAGCUCUGCCUGCCCUGGGCAGAGUCCAGGGCUGGAGGAAUGAGCAGGCCAGGGCUGUGGUGAACAAACUGCUCCAGUCUGGCUACCAGAUCCUGGAUGGUCAGAGCCUGGCAGAGCUGGGCACUUUGGUGGGUGGCCUCAACAGCAGCGCUCUCUGGAGUUUGUCCCCAGAGGUUGUCCUGGAGGCCAUCCAGCUGCCAGCCUUUGCCCAGCACGUGGACACUCUGCCCUGCGCUCUGAAAAGGAUCCUGGUGGAAAAGGUUUCCUCCAGUGUUGCCCGCCCUGCUGAGCUGGUUAGACUCAUUCCCAGCACCCUGGCCAGCUCCAUCCCGAAAUCCCUGCUGGUUUUUGGGGAAGAGAUGCCAAACCUGCAGGAUCUCAACAACAAACCAUGGACCAGAGAGCAGGCUGCCAUGUUCUUCAGUGAUGUGGUGAAGGCAGAGCCUGACCUCAGCAGGCUGUCCCAGUCUGUGCUCCAGGGCUUCACCUGUGCAGCUGCCGGCGCUGUGGGGGCAGAAAGGUUCCAGGAGCUGGCCAGAGUCAUGAGGAAGAAGGAGGUCAGGCUGGGCCAGGACCAGCUGAGCUGCUUGCUGAGGAUGGUGACUCUGCAUGGGAUUCCCCAGGACUGGGACACUUAUCCCCAAGACCUGCUGCUGUUUUUAAGCCCCUCAGACUAUGCAGGGAACUGCAGCCAGUUCUUCAUCAACGUUGGGAAGGCAAAUGAGGAUGUUCUGCCCAGAGAGGCCCCUCAGAGGCAGCAGCUGCUCCUGGAGGCUCUGGAGUGUCUGGGAAUUCCUGGCACACAAAUAAAUCAGACAAACGCUGAGAUGCUGGGCUGGCUGGUGUGUGAGCUGGAUGGGGACUACAUCAGGAGUUCUGGGGGCACUUUGCUGAAGGAUUUGAGCCAGUGUGGAUCUUUCCUGCCCGAGCAAGAAGAGGCCAUCAGGGACGUCCUCAGCAGUGGCAACACCAUCUUUGGGCCUCCUUCGGCGUGGUCAGCCUUCACCCUGAGCGAGCUGAGCGGGCUGAUCCCCGUGCUGGGUCCCAGCAUCCUGCAGCAGAUCCCCAAGAAAGCUGUGACCACCUGGCUGAGGAACUUUGCCUGGGAUUCCCACCUGUCCAGGGAGGAGGUGGCCACCGUCGUUGGGGGGCUCUUGCCCCGCCGGCACAAGCGAGCGGAGGGUUGCCCAGCUGACCUGGAGAUAACAAAGACAAUGCUGGAUGAUGAGCUGAUGCCUACCAACUACAUGCCUGAGGAGCUCCUGCGUGCCUGCCUCCAGAACAUCUCCGUGGAAAAUGACCUCUACCUGGAAAAUGAGCUCUCCAAAAUCCUCACCUACCCCUUCAGCAACCCCCAGCUGGCUGUGCUGAAGGAAUACCUGGACAAGAGGUAUCCUGAUGGUUAUCCUGAAAAAGUGCUCUCUGCGGUGGGCCCUCUGCUCCCCCUGCUCAGCCCAGAGGAGAUCUCCACCUGGAAUAUGACAGGUGACACCCUGGCUGCUCUCCUGAAAACUCAGCCCUCGGAUUCCCUGGCCUCAGCAGUAAUCAAACGCUAUGUGGAGCUGGGCAAUGCCCUGAAUGCCACGGCCCUGGAUGCCAUUGGCACCAAGUACGUGUGCCUGCUGAAUGCCACCGAGCUGAAGGCCAUCAACCCCUCCAGCCUCAAACUGGCGUCUCUGAAUCCUUCAGCCUGUUCACAGGAGACAAAGAACAUCUUGUACCAGAAAGCCAAAGAAGCUUUCUCUGACCAGCACCAUUCACCUGCUUACUAUGAGUUGAUUUUACCUUACUUGGGGGGGGCUCCUGCUGCAGAUCUGAAGGUUCUCAGCAAGGACGACGUGAACAUGAACAUGAGCACCUUUGUGACCUUGAGGAGAGACUCUCUGAUGCUCCUGACGCCCGGGGAGGUGCAGGGGCUGCUGGGGGUGCAGCUGCCCGAGCUGGCCCAGUGGCAGAGCAGGGCCCCGGUGCGGGAGUGGCUGGCGCUGCAGAAGCAGUCGGAGCUGGACAAGCUCAACAUCGGCCUCACGGGGGGCGUGCAGGAGGGAUACAUCAACCUCGUCACCCCCAAAUUCCCAGCAAUGUCCUCAGCCCCUCUGGGCACCGUGGCCAUGGUGUUCCACCUCCUGCCUGCCCUGCUCCUCAGCUUCCUCACGGUGUCCAUCCUCUCUUGA